AUGUCGAGCACAGUCACUGAAAAUCAAAAGACAUCAACAACUGAUGUUUCUAAACAACAAGCAAAUUCAAAUGAUGGGUAUACCGAAAGACAAUUACAAAGUUCAUUUCAACCAUCAUCGUCAUCAUCGAAUGUGGAGCAAGUGGCUGAUCAAUUACAAACAUUGAAUGUUUCGUCGAAAGUAACCAUGCGAUCUGAUGCUCCGCCAUUCACACCAUCAUUUGAAGCAACGAAAACAUCCGCAAAUGAUGCUUCGGAAAGCAAAAUCAAAACCGAAUUAGUCUACAAUCUGAAGAAAUAUAAACAUGACUAUUUUAUCUCGGAACUUUCAUGUAGUUUUGACCGCGAAAAUGGCAAAUUUGGCGCACCAACAGGCAUCUGUGCAUUACCAGAUGAUCGUUUAUUAGUAGCGAACUUCGAUCGUGAUUCAGUCUUUCUUCUGGAUAUCAACGGCGUUGUUCAUCAAAUUUUCAAAGAUUUACCAACACCGAAAGCAGUCAUUCAUCAUUCGACUGGAUCAGCCUCGCAAGCUGUGGUUGCCACAAGAAAAGAAGCUGUCAUCCUAGAUUUAAAUACAAACAAAGUCGUCAUCAGAAGUAAAAUUCGUGGAUUCUAUCCGUGGAACAUUCAAUACGUUCAAGAACGAGGUGUUUACGCCGCAUGCGAUCCAUCCGGUGAACGUAUCGUGUUUCUUGAUAAUAAUCUUGCUGAGAUUGGUGUUUGGUCGUUUCACGAUGCAGCUCAAGAUCAUUUACUUCAAACAACACCUCAACUGUAUCAAAAAGUCUAUCCGUAUGCUGCUUAUUUCUUAGGAAAUGAUACAUCGUUUGUUUUAACACAUCGUCAAGACAAAUGUAAUCUCGAUGAGUAUGAUAACUCGAGUGCAACACCGAAAUCGUCAUACAACAUUCCUCAAAGCUUACAAUCGUAUUCGAUCUAUGUUGAUAACGAUAAAAAAUGCUUGAUACCCGAUAAACUCAAUCAUCGUUUGGUCUCUAUUGAUAAAGAUUCGAAUGUCGAAGAAUACAAAUGUAAAUCAAUCCAAGAGCCCUAUUCCAUUACAUUUUUAUCAACAGGUACAUUAUGCGUCACCGAUUGGAAUAAAUCUCAUGGAUCAAGUGGGGGCAUCUCGAUUAUCAGUGAAGUCAAUUUGAAACAAAAACAGUAA